AUGGUACUGUGUUACUUAGUGCCCCAGCCCUCCCACCAGCACGGCCCCAGCCCUCCUACCAGCAUGUCUGUGACCUCUCAGGCUAUUCGGCCAUGUCCUCCUCCUGUCCAGGCCAAGAUGGUGCUGUCUCCCACUCCUAGCCCUGUCCUCCAGAUCUCCUCCUCCCCUGCGCCACCUUCUAAGGGCCCCAUGGCGCCGGUCGUGGCAGUGACGGCUCCCCAACAGGCCCCCGUGGUGAUGGCCCCCCAGGCCCAGGUCGCCUCGCAGCCAGCCCUGCCCCAGCAGACCAGCGCCCCUGUAGCCCCAGGAGCCUCUGUCAUCUCCCAGGAGAUGCAGGAGAAUGUGAAGAAGUGUAAGAACUUCUUGGCCACCCUGAUAAAGUUGGCUUCCCACAACUCUCCGUCGCCUGAGACCUCCAAAAAUGUCAAGUCACUGGUCCAGGAUCUACUUGAUGCUAAGAUUGAGCCUGAGGAGUUCACCAACAGACUGCAGUCAGAGCUCAAGUCGUCUCCUCAGCCCUACCUGGUCCCCUUCCUCAAGAAAAGCCUCCCGGCCCUGCGGCUGUCUCUGCUCAACAUUCAGCAUUCCCUGAUCCAGCCUCUGCCGCAGGCCAAAGCCACCCCCACCACAGGCACCAGCUCUGCCAUCAUGGCCGUCCCAGCUGUCCGCGGCCGCCUCCCCAACAGCGUCAACACCACGGGGGCCAGUGUCGGGGCCCAGGGACACACAGCUGCCCUGGGUAUCAAGCAAGCGGGAACCUCUGGUUGCCAGGUCAGGAUGCCCAUGUUGAUCACACCAUUAAGAACACAAGGCACUGUCAGCAAGGGAGCCACGUUCCAAGCAGGCAAAAGUCCUGUGGGUUUUGCUGUUAAGGGCUCUGGAAAUCAGAAAAACAAGCUGAACGAUCCCGGAGGCGGUUCUUUCAGGGAUGAUGAUGACAUUAACGAUGUGGCGUCCAUGGCGGGGGUGAACCUGAAUGAAGAGAGCGCUCGUAUCCUGGCAACCAACUCUGAGCUGGUGGGGACACACAUCCGCUCCUGUAAAGAUGAGGCCUUCCUUCACCCGGGCCUGUUACACAGACGCAUCCUGGAGACAGCUAAGAAGUUUGGUGUGUCAGAGGUUCCUAUGGAGGCUGUGAACUUCAUCUCCCACGCUACCCAGUCCCGACUCCGCACUGUGCUGGAGAAGGUCUCCUCCAUCGCACAGCACAGGAUGGACGGUGGUAAAGAUGAGGAGUGGUUUGAGCAGUCGGCAGACGUGCGGUCGCAGCUAAAGUUCUUUGAGCAGCUGGAGAGGAUAGAGAAGCAGAGGAAGGAUGAACAGGAGAGAGAGAUCCUACUCAAAGCAGCUAAAAGUCGCUCCAGGCAAGAGGACCCAGAGCAGGCUCGGCUGAAACAAAAAGCUAAGGAGGUAAGCGCUGUGCUGGAGAUCAUUACCCUUGACAUUUUCCCAAGACUUCAACAUAUAAAUUUUUCAUGCCUCGCUACAUAUGUAAUGCCAUUUAAAGGUCUGACUUAAAAAGUUGUAGGAAUUAUUUGUGCUGAUUGAUGUCCGCCUCGUUUGGAAAAGUGGUUUCUAUAGAACAGAGACACCACACCAAAGAGAUCCUCCUCCUCUUUUCUCUCUCUUUUUCUCUCUCUCCCUCUCUCUUUUCUGGCUCCCGAUAACAUUUUGGAGACUGCUGUUCAUUGUGCAUGGCUCUUUCAAAGAGAUAGAUUGGGGAGCCUAUCAGUGUUGUGAGUACCGGUUUAAUAUUCACCAUAGCACUUUCUGUAAAGCCAUUUGCAUUGUAAAGGCUGAUAGAAAUAUGUUUACUGUCACAGUUAUAUAUGCAUUUUAGUUGAAAACAAUGAAAUGGCUUUGGCACUGUAGGUGCACAAAUGGGAAAUAUCAGAAAUAAAGUAUGAAGCGACUGUGCUUAUUUGUUAAAUUGAGUUGUUUUAGUCCCCCAAUUUCUAAACAAAUAGACAUUUAUAUAUGGAGAUCAUGUGGAUCCCAAAAAGUAGACCACUCUUCUUCUUUGCGGUUUGUUAAUUUAGUGAAAUAGUUUUGAUACGCUGAAAGUUGGUAUGUGUUUAUGUUAAUCGACACCUGAUGUAUGUUGAAACCGAAAGAGCAAAACAUAAUGAGC